GACCCUGCGCAGCCGGGGGACUUCUACCUGUCCCUGCUGGACCCGAAAACCCUCGCAGAGUGCUGGCCCCCUGAUGGCUUGAUGCCUGAGAGCAGUUACUGGCAGCUGUGCCCUCCCUCUAAGUCCGGCCUGCAGGGGGGGUUGCUGAGCUCUAGCUUCCCCCCCGGCCCCGUGCCCCUGGUGCCCCCAGAUGCUCACUUGCAGGAGGGGGGUGACCCCCUGGACGGCCCCCCCUCUCAGCAGCAGCACCGGCCCUUGGCUCCCAGCACCUCGGCGUCCGAGCUGUCCCUCCCUGGAGCGGCGGCGGCACCCCCCCCGGGUCCCGGGCCACCUCCCCCUCCGCCCCCGCCCCCCAAACGUCACUGCCGCUCCCUGUCGGUACCUGAGGACCUUUCCCGCUGCCGCUACACCUGGCGGCCCAGCGCUUCGCGGGUCUGGACCCCCGUCAGCCGCCAGCAGUGCCACGGAGGAGCAGGGGGAGGCAUUGCCGGUGGGGGGGCGGGGCCAGGGGGCGGGGGUAUGGGUGCCGGUGUGGCAGGGGGAGGGGUGUGUCCUCUCCGUGCCCCCUCCUCCUCUCUGAACUCCUCGCUGCACUCCUCCUCCAGCCCCACCUUCUUCAGCCUGGCGCUGUCUCCUGAUUCGCCGUUGCCGUGGAGCUUCCCGUGGGACCCCAGCGAGGCGGCGGCGGGGGGUGGAGCCUGCUGCUGCUUCUUCCCCUCGCCGUCCUCCUGCUCCUCCUCGCCCUCCCCCCUGCACCCGCCCCCCCCUCCUCAGAGGCGUUUCUCCCUCUCUCCCGUGCUCAUCAGAGACUCGGCGGCGUCUACCUUCCUGCCUCCGCCUCCCGUACCGAGCCAGGCGGCACCGCCCCCCCCGGGCUGCUCCUCCGCCGCCCCCGGGGCGACGGCGGGGGGCCCGGUGCCCGCUUCGCCCUCCUCGGCCUGCAGCACGCCGUCCUCCCUGCGCCGCAGCCUCCCCCCCCAGCUCCCCCGCUGCCACUCGCAGCCCUGCGACCUGCUGCUGCUUAAACCAGGACUGAAGAGACGCAGAGACCCGGACCGGCCCUGCGCCCGGCCCGUCCUCGACUUCACCAAGAUGACUCAGACCCGCAGCAUCGACCCCCAGUGUCUGGAGCGCGGCGGCGGCCGGCUGGCGUGCGGCGGCGACGUGUGCAUGGGCAUGGAGGCGUUCAUGAGCGACUUCAGAGGCUCGUGCUCGCCGGCCGAGUGUCUCGGCAGGACGAGCAUCGGGCCGCUGAGCGAGAGCGACGAGGAGUGCCGCGAGGACGACGACGAAGAGGACGGCGAGGAAGAGGAGGAGGGGGAGCGGGAGGCGGCGCAGCAGGCCGUGUUCGAGCGGGACUGUACAGAACUAGACCUGAACUUAAUAGAAGAGAACUGA